AUGGUUGAAAUCUUCAAAUAUAUAUACCGAUCUACUUCUCUGUUGUCUUCAUCGUCGUCUUCUUCCUCUGUGUCUUUUCUCUCGCAUAAUAUCACCGCAUGCGCCAACGCACAGUUUCAGCCUCUUUCCUGGAACCCUCUUUCCUUAACCUUCUUCACUUUCCUCUCUUCUCUAAGCUUCUUCCCAGUCUUUACUCCUCCUCAUGCUUCUUCAAUUCGACGUGAACUUCUUGAUCCCUCCUUCGAGCUUUUUCUUCGUUUUCAUCAGUGCGUGCGUGUGGCUUUUCUCCUUCGUCUUGAACGCUAUCUUCCAUUCAGGAUGGGAAGACCUUACCCAAUGGACCUGUUAUUUCUCCUGACAGAUUUUAUUAAGAAGGGUUUAGUGAUAGAGAGAAUCCAAGAUUCAAUAUCAGAAGAGGAUAAGAGGUUGAUCUAUCUUGGAGAUGGAAGUGGAGACUAUUUGUUACCAAUAAGGAGUAUUGGUAAAUCAUGAAGAAAUUUGUUUUGAUGAUGUUGCAAGAAGUUUUAGUUGAAGAAGAUAUUAGAAUUAGUUAAAAGCAAUUUGUAGAAAUUAAAUGUAGUAGGAAAUUCUUGUAAACUUUGUAAACUUGCAUUUUUAACUGCAAUAAUCGAUUAUGGAAUGACAAUAAUCGAUUAUCACAGAGUCAUACAGGAAUAAUCGAUUAUCACAUUAUAUAAUCGAUUAUUACAUUUUGAAAACCCUGUAACGGACUUGAAUAAUCGAUUAUCACUUUUGAUAAUCGAUUAUCAAUGACAGUUGGGAGAUGUCUUUUC